CAUAAAGCGGAAAACAAUUUUUGAAUGAGAAGAAAUAACAAAAACUGCUCUCAACAAGCCUAAGAUCAAGAAAUAACAUUUUGUUCCGGGUAAAAAUUAUUUUUUUUUAAUCGAAAACCUGCCUUCCAUUUUUGCGUUAAUAAAAGUGCAAAUUUACUGAACCAAAAAUCAAAUUUGUUGCAAACACUUGAAAAAAAAACCUAAACACUUGGUGGAAGGGUUUUUAAUAGUGCGACGUUUUAUGGUUGUUUUCUUCUUACGAGCCCUUGAAACAAUUUUUGAAGUAUGACAUCCUCAUUCAUAUCCUCGCUGGCGUUGCUGUUUGCGGCUGGCUGCCUUAUCAGUCUGCUGCAACUCUGCAACAGCGCGCACCCCGAAUAUCCUGGCGUCAUCGAGCUAGUCGGCUAUAGCAACCGACGCGCACGCACACAUUACAUACCGCCCGCCGGCGAUAGUCCUACGCUAGCGCCCCCACCAGCCAAAAUACAGGCUGACAUCGAAACGGUAAAGGCGAAUAUUGAGAAAUAUAAUAAACUGCUCACGCUGGACACGAAAAAUCUGCCGGAGUCACAAAAGGAUAUGCUCGAGCGUAUCGUAGAACGUGUUGCGCGCCUCAAGGAGUCGUUGGAUAUAGACGAAAGUGAACGCUUGAGAGCGUCCACCAGACCAGUUGAAAGUGUGAGUACGGAUAGUGGCAGUGACAUAGCGUCUCCAUUUGGUACGGACACUACCACGGAAGCCUCAACAAAUGCCGAAGCAGAAACUGAUCCCACUUUGGUACUGGACGAGACUACAUUACUACAGCUGCAAACCUCCAUGGAUGAGCUCGCUGCCGCACAGGCUGCUGUUACAGCACAAACCUCAGCGGUGCCACGUGAUAUACCCACAACCACUGAGUACAACUACAAUGCAGCCAGCGACGAGUUGGAGCAGACAGAGAGCGCCACGGAUAGCAAUGAAAAAGAGGACACCACAGAAAAUUUGUUAUCAGCAGGUGGUGGUAUGGGGAAUGAUUAUCCCACCACCACUGUGGAUCCCCUCACCGAUGCCACCGAUUCAGAUGAUCAAUUCGUUGCUGCGCGUUCCAAUAACAACAUCGCAGCCGCCUCAAUUAAAGCUGAGCCGGAGGAUGGUAGUGGCGGUCUUACCACAAUUGGUAGUCAGCGUACGCUAACCACUAGCGGCAAAUUGACAAAGACGCGAGCCACUAAACGACCCGGCUCUGGUGGUAUUACCAAAACAGGUCAUGCGCCGAAACGUGGUCAGAAACCAGGCACCACAGCGAGUGUACAUCGACACACUGUGAGUAAUAAGCAGAAAUUGGCCACGACAACAACGCAACCACUGCAGCAAACCUAUCACCAUCAGCAGCAGCAACAGCAACACCCGCUUCAGUUACAGCAAACACAUUUGCCCAAACAGCCGCAGCAGUUGCAAUAUUCCAAGCCACAACAAACGGCAUCAUCACAGCUGCCACUGUCAGCUUCCUCGCCACUGUAUCAGGCCCACAAAGUCUCAGUCUCACCGCCUGCCACGCAGUCCACAGAUAAGACUUCGGCUGCUGCUGCUGCUGCUGCCGCCGCCGCCGCCUCAGCUGCUUCCACUGCCUCCAUCGCUUCGCUCGCUUCCGCUUACUCCUCCACGCCGGUCACUACUACGCUGUCUAACAACAACAACUAUGGCACUGGCAGCAAUGUGAAUAAUGACAUGGACUACGAGCCGCAAGUGAAUACGUCGGCGUUAAUUGAUAGUCUGAAUCAUGCACGCGAAGAAUUCUACCAGCAAAAGCAGAGCUUAAACAAUAAGGAUAAGAAACCAUCGGCCACCGCAAAACCCACAAAGUAUCACUACUAUCCACACAAUCAACAUAUUUACUUGCUGCCCGAGUGUGCGAUACAACAGGUCUGUAAUGCGGUUUAUGUGCGUCUGAAUUACACACAACCAUUAUGCGCCUGUCCAUCAAGAUAUCGUGAUCCCUGUUCGGCCAGUUUGAAUGAGGACGAUCAGCAUACAACAAAAUUGGUGGGCGAUAGCAAAAAGAAGGUAAGUGGAUGAAAGAGGGCGGCUUUCGGGGGGAAAGAGAGGAACUAAAUAUAUUUGUAUGGAGAGUUGGAAAAAUGUGCUGACGUUGUACGGAAGUGCUGCAGCAGCAAAUUGGAAAAGUACUAAGCUAACAAGAAAUGGUUAAAUUAGCUGAAGGAGCGCGAGAACACAGUUGGCUACAUAGGCGGCUAGGCUUACAUAUGUACAGAAA